AUGAAGGAUUCUAACAAUUAUAAUAAAGAUAUAUAUAAGACAAAUGCAUUUUUUUCACCAUAUUCUGAAACUUUAGACUUUUUAUUAUCACCAUUUAAUGAUAAUUUUGCUAUAAAUUUUUUACCAGUUGCUGAACCAGAUUUUAAUCAUAAUUUUACAAACAUAGAUAGUUUUUCUCUUAAAACGCCUUCUAAACCAUCUAUUAACUCUUCUUUAGAGUUACUUUCUGAGCCUUCUUUAAAGUUAUCUUCUGAACCUUUUUCUGAACCUUCUUUUGAACCUUUUUGUGAAACUCCUUUUAAACUACCUUUUGAAAAUGAUUUUGAAUCAUUAUCUGAACAGGUUUAUCAGUAUAAUUUUACUAUAGGAGAUUAUUUUAAUGAUUGGCAAUCAGUUGAUACAUUUAUACAUCAAGAAAGAGGGUUUAAAUAUCAAGUUUAUCAAAAUAAUAAAAAUCCAAAUAAUUUUGCUAUUAUACGAUAUAAAUCAUUUCAUUGUUCUUAA